AUGUUGAUAUGUGCUGGUCUGACUGGACUGGGGACGUUACCCAGGGACAAAGAAGUCUCUGAAGCAUUACAUAUCGCUGGAGCAAAGAGUUACAGAUCUCUGAAGCGUUACAGAUCUCUGAAGAGUUACAGAUCUCUGAAGCGUUACAGAUCUCUGUGGCGUUACAGAUCUCUGAAGAGUUACAGAUCUCUGAAGAGUUACAGAUCUCUGAAGAGUUACAGAUCUCUGAAGAGUUACAGAUCUCUGAAGAGUUACAGAUCUCUGAAGAGUUAUAGAUCUCUGAAGAGUUACAGAUCUCUGAGGCGUUACAGAUCUCUGAAGAGUUACAGAUUGCUGGAGCGUUACAGAUCGCUGAAGCGUUACAGAUCUCUGAAGUGUCACAGAUCUCUGAAGCAUUACAGAUCUCUGAAGAGUUACAGAUCUCUGAAGAGUUACAGAUCUCUGAAGAGUUACAGAUCUCUGAAGCGUUACAGAUCUCUGAAGAGUUACAGAUCUCUGAAGCGUUACAGAUCUCUGAAGAGUUACAGAUCUCUGAAGAGUUAUAGAUCUCUGAAGAGUUACAGAUCUCUGAAGAGUUAUAGAUCUCUGAAGAGUUACAGAUCUCUGAAGAGUUACAGAUCUCUGAAGAGUUACAGAUCUCUGAAGAGUUACAGAUCUCUGAAGAGUUACAGAUCUCUGAAGAGUUAUAGAUCUCUGAAGAGUUACAGAUCUCUGAAGAGUUACAGAUCUCUGAAGAGUUACAGAUCUCUGAAGAGUUACAGAUCUCUGAAGAGUUACAGAUCUCUGAAGAGUUACAGAUCUCUGAAGAGUUACAGAUCUCUGAAGAGUUACAGAUCUCUGAAGAGUUACAGAUCUCUGAAGAGUUACAGAUCUCUGAAGAGUUACAGAUCUCUGAAGAGUUACAGAUCUCUGAAGAGUUACAGAUCUCUGAAGCGUUACAGAUCUCUGAAGCGUUACAGAUCUCUGAAGAGUUACAGAUCUCUGAAGAGUUACAGAUCUCUGAAGAGUUAUAGAUCUCUGAAGAGUUACAGAUCUCUGAAGAGUUACAGAUCUCUGAAGAGUUACAGAUCUCUGAAGAGUUACAGAUCUCUGAAGCGUUGCAGAUCUCUGAAGAGUUACAGAUCUCUGAAGAGUUACAGAUCUCUGAAGAGUUACAGAUCUCUGAAGCGUUACAGAUCUCUGAAGAGUUACAGAUCUCUGAAGAGUUAUAGGUCUCUGAAGAGUUAUAGGUCUCUGAAGCAUUACAGAUCGCUGGAGCGAAGUGUUACAGAUCGCUGAGGCGUUACAGAUCUCUGAAGCGUUACAGAUUGCGCAAUAGAAAUGUAAAUGUAAGAUUGAGCCGACAUAAUGCAGCGUUUACCGUGAUGCAGUAUCCACUAACGCAGGAACAUCACCUUUACAUUUCAAUCACCAUGUUACGCUGAUCCUCCGCUAUACGUAUUGAAUAGAGCCCCUAGUCUCCCACUGACGUCAAUGCAUGGCCAAGUGAAAAUUACACAUGUUCCCCCUAGAUAAGACUUAAUAAAGUUGAACAUUUAAAUAAUAUGGAUGUGUAUUCUCACAUUUUUGAAGAGCAAUCAUGUGGUAUUCUUUUAUGUUCCCACUGAAACCAAAAUAAUAUGUAAAUUACAUUUUGAAAAUGUAUGCAGGUUUGCAUUUGUACGUAUUCAAAGAAAACACGAGCAUUGAUUAAGAUACAAGACUAUAUUUGAUGGGAAAUGUUUUGAUGUUUUUUCUGUUUACUGAUCACGAUAGCCCGUCCAAUCAAGAUAUUUUUGAAAAAUAAAAUGCUGAUACAAACUGUU